AUGUUGUUAGGGGCUGUCGCGCCAGCAAAAGGAGAGUCUAACAGAGAACGAAUUCCGCCCACCAUCGUCUCAACUGAGGCCAUCCGCCGCCGUCUUGUCCGCAAGGGCGAGCGUGUGGAACUGGUCUGCAAGAUGGCGGGUUAUCCUGAUCCCGUACUCACGUGGCGUUGGAACAGCCGACCGCUGAUUGGGCAGACCGAGGGAGGCCACGGAGGAGCCAUCGGAGGUUAUGGGGAUCGGAUGCUACUGGAGUCGCUUAGGAAACAGGGCAUUGAUGUAAACGUCGGAGGAGCCGGCGAAAAGGUGGACUUGACGAUCCUCGAGAUGUCCGAAAACUGGCAGGGA